AUGCGGGUUGUAAGCUCGCUGACGGGGGAGUGCUUCCGUUCCCAUGAGGUGUGUGUUAUGUGCGGGGUUCUCCUCGGCACGGGGGACGGUCGUCGGAGCAAGACGGCGCGGACCUUCCAGUGCAUGUUAGAGAACCGCUGGCGGGAGACUCCGUUUGUGUGGGCUUCGGUGAGAGAGGUGGCGGGGGCGAGGAAGGAUCCCAACUACCGCCUGACGGCCUGCACGGCCUGCAUCAACUGGAUCCGGAGGUCGGUGCCGAGCAACGAGCACGCGGAGCAGAGCGUGGGGAAGCGGAAGGUGUAUCUCCUGAUCGACCGGCUGAUCUGCUUCUCCCUUGCUCCCGGGGAGGUUGCGUGCCCUGACAUGCGGAACAUGCGGAGGCUGCUUUCCUGCCUCCUUGAGGAGAAGGUGGUAGGGAAGGAGCGGGUGGUGAACUACUACCGCGCCGCCGUGCUGCCCGAGCACCUGCGCCAGGCACUGGAGGAGUGUGGCAGCGAGGUGAACUCGUUCAUCCGGAGGGUGGUGCUGCGCUGGUUCAGGGACGUGAACAACAGCUCCCCGGUCUUCCGCCAUCCCAACACCGCCUACAUCGUGCGGAAGGCGCUGGGGUGGACGAAAUGGGAUAGCAGCGUGCGGGUGUGUAUUAAACGUGAUGGCAACGAAUGGGAUGGCGAGGAGGACGAAGAUGCAACACUCGGGUGUGAUGAGCUCGGGAGCCCCGGUGACGGCGCCUGA